AGCUGAAAUAUGUGUUUACAAAGUUGUCCCCAGCAUUGUUAACGAACUUACUUAACUGCAGUCAUUGUAAGUAAUCUCCUUUUGUUCCGGUGGCCGAACAAAACCUUUCUUCACAAGAAAAUGUCCGUAGAUAAAGAGGAGGCGCACCAGAGGUUAAAGGCUGCGGUGCAUUAUACUGUGAGUCGCAUUUGUCAGAAGAUGGGAGAAGACUACCGGAGGGAGUUCAGCCGACAAGUGAUCGCAGCCAUAGCCGAGACAGCAGUGAGACAAUGUGAUAUAUUUGCUAAAGACCUGGAGGCCUUUGCCAGGCAUGCUAAAAGAAGUACUGUGUCUACAGAAGAUGUGAAGCUCGUAGCCCGUCGCAGUACUGCACUAUCCAUCUACAUACAAAAUAAAAGCGAGGAACUGAACCAGGAGCAGAGGGAUUUGAAAAAGAAGAGUACUGGGAAGAGGAAGAGCAGAGACACUGAGGAGGAGGAAAGCAGACAAUAAGGACAAGACACAGGCAGGCCCUGCAGUGUCUCACUUGUACCCAACAUUCAAAUAAACAUGAAGGCUGACUAAUA